UUAUAAAAUGUGUAAAAAAAAAGGCAGCAGCCGAUAUCGUUUCGACAGCGAAUCAGUAUGGCCGGUCGUAACAACCUUACGCCGCCGUCAUCUUUAACUCGCUCCAUAAUCGAACGCCACACCAUUCAUCAACACCAUCACCUCGAAGACCGAAUUGCCAUCCAACACCGCGAGAUCCAAUCCCUCCUCCUCGACAACCAACGCCUAGCCGCCGCCCAUGUCGCUCUCAAGCAGGAUCUUGCACUCGCCCAGCAGGAAACCCGUCAUUUAUUGGCGGCCUCUGCUAACGUCAAAUCCGAGAGGGACGCGGAGGUGAGGGAGAUCUACGAGAGGUCACUGAAAAUGGACGCCCAGACACGUUCCGUCGAUGCGAUGACCUCUGAGUUAGCUCGUGUACGGGCUGAUGUAAAGAAACUCAUGGCGGGUAACCAGGAGCUGAAGGCGGACUUGGAGGCUGUCAACGAUGAGCUAGCCAAGGCAAGAAUGGAGGCGAAGCAAGUUCCUGUACUUAUGGCGGAUAUUGAAGCUGUAAGGAAAGAAAUCCAUAAAGGAGGGUCUGCUAUUGAACUUGAGAAGAAGACACGUGCUAGUAACCUGGAACAACGUCAGAUACUGGAAAAAAAUAUGGCCCUUGUAUAUCGGGAACUAGAAAAACUACAUUCAGAACUUGCUAAUGCAGAUAAGAGAGCAAGGGACACAGCUGCACCAUCGACAGCAACAGCGAACCCAAACCUCACAUACAAUGGAAACUAUGGAAAUAUUGAUGCCAAUUAUGGAGGAAAUUAUUCCAUGCCUCAGGCUGAUGUUGUAUGUACGCAAUUUGUUGCUGAAGCUGGGACGAUGCUCCCUGUUACUAUAGAGGGCCAAGGGUCGCAUACACCUAAUAUGAAUGGUUUACCUUCUGUGUCGGGAGCAGUUUCUACUGUUCCCUUCGAGAACCAAGUAGUUCGGCUUUAGCCAUUUCUAACUUGUAUAAAAUCCAAAUUCUAACUUAGAAUUACUUGGGCAA